GAUAUGGAGUUUACUGGUUUGCAUUCGACUUCCCUACAAAACAACGAGCCCAGCCUGUUUGACUCCCCUGCGGAGCGGUAUGUGAAGGCCAGGCAGAGUGUUCAGCGCUUCGCUCCUGUUCAGCUUGGGCUGGCAAUAUUCUCAAAAGAAAAUUCAAACAAGUAUGUGGUGCAUUCAUACAACUUUUUUCUCUUUCCCUCAACACUGGGAAUAAGAGAUGUCGAAUUCACCCUCUCUGCAUCUAGUAUUCAGUUCCUGUCUCACUAUGGCUUUGACUUCAACAAGUUCCUCAAAGAUGGAAUCCCAUACAUGAAUGAGGUACAGGAGAAGAUCCUUAGGCAGCGCCUCUUAGCUGGUACCUGGAAAGUCUGCAGCACUAGUUGUGCAGACAGGGAUGUCCUGAAGAAAGCUAUUGAUGAAGUGACCUCUUGGAUAACUGCAGCAAAAGAAGAGGAUACUAUGAUUCUGCAGGAUUUGAAUGGCUAUCAUAUGCUUGAAGUUCAGCUGGUUCUGAGGCAGGCUCUCAAAAAUGUUUGGACAGAGCCUCUUGGAGACAAGGAGGUAAUGGUGAAAAAAGUGAAUCCACAGCAUCGUCAGCUUCUGGAGAACUCUUCUUAUGACCACUGUCAGAAAAAGCUCAUUCUCCUGUCUGCCCGGGGCUUUACCAACCUCUUCCUGAUACUUGUUAAAGCCAAAAAGCCCCUGGUGGGACACAACAUGCUUAUGGACCUUAUGCAUCUUCACGACAAGUUCUACAGGCCCCUCCCAGAAAGCUAUGAGGAGUUUAAAAGGAACAUUCACAACCUGUUUCCUGUCAUCAUAGACACCAAGACUGUAAUAAAAUCUGUGCAGAAGAAAUGUCUGUUUCCUCGAGUAUCUAGUCUUUUGGAGGUGCAUGCAGUUUUGUGCAGCAACCUAAAUCCCAAAGGUCCACCGUGCCCUGUUAUAGCUCUUGCCAGUGGCUGCUCAAGAUACGCUGAGAAGAAAUCUCCUCAUGAGGCAGGCUAUGAUGCAUUUCUCUGUGGUUCAGUUCUUCUGAUGUCAGCUCAUUUGCUACUGUGCAGAUCCACAGAUGAUGCAGUGGAGGCUGAGCCUUCUUUCUCGCAGUAUCUCACUGUGUUAGCUGAGCACGUGAACAAAGUGAAUUUCAUCCGAGGUGGCGUUUCAAGCAUUAAUUUUUCUGGGGAAGAUGCUCCUUGCCGUCAUCCCCCUGCCUUGGUUGUUCAUGUCCGAGGCUGGCCAGGGCUGACAGAGAGACAAAUUUACCAAGAGUUUAAAGCUCGUUGUCGCUUUGAUGUCAGACGGCUUUCAAAGAACCAGUUCAUUCUGCUCUCCAAUAAAUACAAGCAAGUCAAGCUGGUCCUGCGGGAUUACAGGCACCACCCUCACCUGCAGGUCUCCGUCUAUCGCCACUGGAGGCACUCGCCGAGCGUGAACUGCCUGCUGCAAAUCUCUGGCAUUGUGGCACUGUGGUCUCUCUUGGCCUUUGCGCUUGGAGGAGCUCGUAGCUGUUGACUCUAAAGGACUACUGUAGAGAUGAGACGUGAGGAACACUCACCUUAUUUCUUGUGUUUGUCUGUUUUGUUUUGUUUCAUGCAAUAAAAUAUGAGA